CAUUCGUGCUCCCGUCGCGACGCACGGCUGCACUCGGCUUCGCCUCCUCUUCCAGGCCUCUCAACGCGCACUCGCUUUCGACACGUCGAGCAGACGAGAGUGCUGCAGAGCCCGAAGGAUCAAGCUGACUUUACUUACAAACGUGUACGAAACGGAAGAAGAAGAGUAAGAAGACAAAUAAAAAGAAAAAAGAGAAAGAGAAAGAAAGAGAAAGAAAGAAAGAGCGAGAGACACGAUCAGCUGUUUCCGUGGAGCUUUUUUCUACUUGCUGUCAAAGAAAAGAAGAACUGCGACAAUGAGGGAGAUCGUACAUCUGCAAGCAGGACAAUGUGGCAACCAGAUCGGUGCUAAGUUUUGGGAAGUGAUCUCCGAGGAGCAUGGUAUCGACCAAUCCGGCAUUUAUCAUGGAGAUAGCGAUCUACAGCUGGAGCGAAUCUCCGUUUAUUACAACGAGGCUACCGUGGCCACAUCGACGAACGGUGGGAAAUAUGUUCCUCGAGCGAUUCUUCUUGACUUGGAACCAGGUACGAUGGAUGCAGUACGAUCCGGAGCAUACGGGAAGUUGUUCAGACCGGAUAAUUUCGUCUUCGGGCAGUCCGGUGCCGGUAAUAACUGGGCCAAGGGUCAUUACACCGAGGGAGCCGAAUUGGUGGACUCGGUUCUCGACGUAGUGAGGAAGGAAUGCGAGAAUUGCGAUUGUCUCCAAGGUUUUCAGCUAACCCAUUCGCUUGGAGGAGGUACCGGAUCCGGUAUGGGAACUCUUCUGAUAUCUAAGAUUCGCGAAGAGUAUCCUGAUAGGAUUAUGAAUACUUAUUCGGUUAUGCCAUCGCCAAAAGUCUCUGAUACUGUGGUAGAACCAUAUAAUGCCACUCUAUCCGUUCAUCAAUUGGUUGAAAACACCGAUGAGACUUACUGUAUCGAUAACGAAGCUCUUUAUGAUAUCUGUUUCCGUACUUUGAAGGUCUCCAAUCCUAGCUAUGGCGACCUAAAUCACCUGGUCUCGCUAACUAUGUCUGGUGUAACAACCUGCUUAAGGUUUCCUGGUCAACUUAAUGCAGAUUUAAGGAAACUCGCUGUCAACAUGGUACCCUUCCCUCGGCUUCACUUCUUCAUGCCUGGUUUCGCACCUUUGACAUCUAGAUCUAUGCAACAAUACUCAGCUCUUUCGGUACCCGAGCUGACGCAGCAAAUGUUCGAUGCUAAGAACAUGAUGGCUGCUUGUGAUCCCAGACAUGGAAGAUAUCUAACCGUUGCUGCUGUAUUCCGUGGUAGAAUGUCCAUGAAAGAAGUCGACGAGCAGAUGCUCAGCGUACAGAAUAAGAAUAGCUCGUAUUUCGUCGAAUGGAUUCCGAAUAACGUGAAGACCGCUGUCUGUGACAUACCACCUAAAGGUUUGAAGAUGUCAUCGACCUUCAUUGGAAAUACCACGGCUAUUCAAGAAUUGUUCAAGAGAAUUUCCGAACAGUUUACUGCCAUGUUCAGGAGAAAAGCCUUCUUGCAUUGGUACACGGGAGAAGGUAUGGACGAGAUGGAAUUUACCGAAGCUGAGUCGAACAUGAACGAUUUGGUCUCCGAGUACCAACAAUAUCAAGAAGCUACAGCCGAAGAGGAUUUUGAAGCUGAAGAAUGCGCUGACGACUUCGAGGCUUGCGAACAGGAAUAAAAUGCGAGUGUUCCGAUAUUUCUACAUCUUUAUCUUCAUCCUCUCCCUCUCCUAUUUUUUCUCUUUCUUCUUCAUACUCCUUUUCUUCCGAAUGAAAAUGUAAUAAUAUCAAAGGGAUUGUCCUUUGAUACUUUCAAACGUUCGUCACGACACCUUUUUGAUACUUUUAUACGAUUACGUACGUUUUUAAUAAUCAACGACCGAAACAAUCCUAAAAGACGUACAUUUCAUUCGCGAUAAUGUCGGAGUCGUCGAAGAUAAUGUUUAGAAAGAAUUUCAAAAGAUUUAAUAGAAUGCUAUGGUAUACUUAAGAUUUUAUAUGUAUUUUCUGUGUUCGAAUUUAUCGAUCGAUCGAACAAUACUGAUUCGUGAGCAUUGAUUAAUUCAUUUAAUAUUUAUUCCCAAAGAAACAUCGAAUUCGUGCGAUGGAUUUUAAAUAAAAUUUAUAUAAGGCACCGAUGUGAUCGUACUUCGUUCACCGAUUGAACGCCAAAGCGAUCUUACCAAAAAGAAAAAAAAGAAAAAAUGACAAAAAUAUGCUUCUUUCUCUUUCUAUCUGACUUUCUCUCUUUCUAUUUCUUUCUUGUUUUUAAAAUAUAUGUUCGCAAGCAUCGUUUAAUUGCGAUGAAUGCUUAGGACGUACUACGGUUUUUUUUUUAUUAAAAAAGAAAAGAAAAGGACAAAAAAAAAA